AUGGCGGCUGACGAAAAAUGGUACUUUACGAAAGAACAGCUUACAAACACGCCGAGCAGAAGAUGCGGCAUCGACGCGGAUAAGGAACUUAGCUACCGGCAGCAGGCAGCGAAUUUCAUUCAGGAUAUGGGACAGCGGCUUGUGGUGUCACAAUUAUGUAUCAACACAGCAAUAGUAUAUAUGCACAGGUUUUACGUAUUCCACUCGCUGUCACAUUUCCACAGGAAUGCAAUUGCAGCAGCAGCAUUAUUUUUGGCAGCAAAAGUCGAAGAACAACCACGCAAGUUAGAACAUGUUAUCAAAACAGCUCACAUGUGUCUCCACAGAGAUCAGCCCUCACCUGAUGUCAGAUCUGAGCAAUAUCUUGAGCAAGCUCAAGAUUUGGUUUUCAAUGAAAAUGUUCUACUGCAAACAUUGGGGUUUGAUGUCGCCAUUGAUCAUCCCCACACACAUGUUGUUAGAUGUUGUCAACUGGUUAAAGCGAGCAAGGACUUAGCCCAGACUUCAUACUUCAUGGCAUCUAACAGUUUACACCUGACAACCAUGUGUCUGCAAUACAAACCAACAGUAGUCGCCUGUUUUUGUAUUCAUCUUGCAUGUAAAUGGUCUAAUUGGGAGAUACCACAAAGUACUGAAGGGAAGCAUUGGUUCUGGUACGUCGAUAGAACUGUAACAUCGGAACUUUUACAAGAACUUACAGCCGAAUUUCUUCAUAUAUUUGAUAAAUGUCCAUCAAGAUUAAAAAGAAAAAUAAUGAGCAUAUCUGCAAAUCAAAGUCCAAGCAUUAAUCAUCCUAGUUUACCAAAUUCACCCUUUGAUGCGGAACCUCGCAAGGUACAGUCUCCUGCGACGACGGUCGAUGGUGGACCCACAUUUCAUACAAAUCGAUCUCAUCAAACGGAGAAACAAGAAGAAAAGAAGCAAAAUGCUCCUGUUCCUGCGAGACCUCCUGUAGAUUAUCGGGAAUAUCGAGAAAAGAAAGAACGUGAACGUUUAGAAAGAGAGAAGGCAUCAGCUCCAGUAACAGUUGCGCAAAGUCAUGUGUCAGAUAUUAAUAAGCAUCAUUCACAUCACCAUAAACCUGUAUCUAGUACAAAUGUGCUAAAUAAACAUCCAUUGCCUCUUGGACAGAAAACACUUCAUCAUAAUCAUCAUCAUAGACCAGAUAUAAAAGUUGGACAACCAGUACCUCAGAGGCACUCGUGUACUCAAGCUAGAGAACCAAGACGCGAUCCUAAUAGACAAAGGUUGCAAAGAGAGUACAAUUCAAAUACUGGUACAAGUAGCAGUAGUAGUAGUAGUAGUAGUACUCUCCAUUCUCACAGUCAUGCUGUACCGAAGGAACCAACUUUGGAUAAUUCUUUAAAUGAUUCCACUCAUAGAUCAGAUAUUGGAGCAUUACAAGAGCCAACAUCUCAUGGAAAUAUACAAGAAAAACUUAGUAAUAAUAAUCAUAGUGUACACAGAUUAAGUGGUGUAGAAAAUAAACAUCAAGGUCAUGAUAAAAGAAUGUAUGAUCCAAGGCAUAAACUCGUAGAACAUAGAAAAGAUUGUGAACAAAAACCAUAUAAAUAUCCAGAUCCAACAAGAAUCGAUCGACAAAGAAAAUCUGAUUCAUUGGAACAGAGAUGUGAGGAGGUUAGAAAACUUAUUGAGAAACCGUUACCUCCACCAAAACCAACGAUUGAUGUAACUUAUACUUCAAAUACACAGAAGCCAUCACAUCAUACAAAAUAUAAUCAAUCAGAUAAAUUACAGACUAGUACAAGUUCAAUUACAACUGAUGUAAAAUUGAGUACUAGCCAAAGUUCAUUUUCGCAAGAAAAAUCUCCGAGUAGUUCGGUUUCAACUUCAUUACUUACUCAGAAACCGUUAACUUCGAAGACAGUAUCCAGUCAACAUACUGCUCAUGGUGUAUCUCAGAUAUUAAAGGAUACAAUUAAAAAUAGUAAUUCACAAUCAUCAAGUUUAGCAUCUUUGAAUAAUCUUGACGAUCCAAAAACUGAAAAGCGACCGCGACAUGAUGAUAUAGAUAAAAGUUCGUCCGAUAUUCAACAGAAUGUAUUACAAACUCCUCCUAGUAAACCGAAAUCAUUAUUCAGUCCAGAAAAAGUACCAACGCCUCGGGAAUCUCAUUCACAGAGACCUAAAACUAAACAAAAGACGCCACUUUCGGCUGCAAAAGUUCCUAAACAAGAACGUGUACCAGAUACAUCGAUAGGCUUUAAUAUAGUAUCACCUUUUGCAAGUCCACCAGGUUUACAACAAGAAACACAAACAAUUAAACGAUCGGUUAGCGAUGUAUCCACAACGUCCCAUAAACGGCAUCGUACAGGUAGCACUAGUGAAAGUGGACAACAAGUGAAAGUAAAAAUGGAUGAUACAUCCAGUUUUGAAGCUGCUAAGAUGCUUGGUAGAGUACCAGAAUUGAUACAACCUAUUAGAGACAAUCCAUCGGCGAAUGGCAGAGCUACACAAAUUGCAAACGAUAUGAAACCACCAGAACUCAUUAAACCAUUUGAUUCUGAACCAACAAUAUCACGAUUUGGCACAGUACCUACACAUCAACAACUUUCUUCGAAUCAGCAAGGUUUAACAAAUGGAUUAGAUAUCAAUAAUAUAGUAAAACAAGAACCUCAAGAAUUCCAAAUUAAAAAGGAAUCUUAUAAGACAGAUAUGUCGAUAAAAGCUGAACAUUCUCAAAUUAAAAGCGAAUAUUUAUCACCAAUGAAAUCUGCUCAAAGUAUAAGUGCUCUGCUUCAAGAGCCUCUACCAACUAUGCCAUCGUUAUUGCAACCAUUUAAUCAAAUACCGUCACAACAAGUUCAUCAAGAACAGUUUCAACAACAAUUGCAACAACAGCAGCAACAACAGCAGCAGCAGCAGCAACUUCAACAACAAACAUCACAACCACAACAUCAGUCAUCUGUAUCUCAUUCGAUGAUGCUUACGCAACAAGAAUCUGCUCAAAAUCAGUGUUUGUCUUUAUCAUCGGUCAGCGAACCUGUGGUAGCUUCGACUGUUGAUAUAAGUGCUAUCUCUGGCCCUGUACAAACUACUACAGAAUCCAUUCUUUCUGUCCCAACAUCGACAACUAUAACAGUUGCACCUCCUGCAGAAGAAAAGAAAUCGGAACAUCACAAAAGUGAAAAGAAAAAGAAAAAAGAAAAACAUAAACAUAAAGACAAAGAAAAGAGCAAAGAGAAGCAUAAACAUAAACACAAAGACAAAGAUAAAGAGAAACAUCGGGAUAAAGAUAAAGAGAAGGGAGAAGAGGCUGUACCUGCGGUACCUAUAAAAAUUACAAUUCCUAAAGAUAAAUUAAAUCUAAGUACUGAAUCGACAGGAAACUCUGGUGGAAAUACAGUGCCAACUGAUAAGAAUAAAUCUCCUCAGAACACAAGUAUCAAGAUUAUUAUUCCUAAGGAACGACUGAAAGGUACCGACAGUGUGUCGAGUUCGCCGGCCCAUUCUGUCGUUCAGGCCCCGUUAAAAAUCAAAAUUCGUACGGAUGGGAUCUCGAGAAGUUCCGGUGCACCCUCGACGACAAGCAGUUCAAGUACUAUCGUUCCUGCAGAGUUCGCCAAUGAGAAUCGAAAACGCGAUCGUUCUGAAAUGAAGGAGAGUCCAACUAGUGUUCCACCAGCAAAGAAGCAAUCACAGGUCUCUUCGGCGGGUUACGGACAACAUCGACCGGGCGAGCGGCAGAACGGCAGACAUUAUAGUUCAGGCAGCAAUAACAAGGUACGUGGAGGCGGUAGAGGCGGCCGCCAGUAUAUCGGGCGUGGUCCACCACCAGCAGGAUCGGCGGGCCAUUACAGUGCUCCCGGCCAGCGCGACGGCUACUAUCAGCAAGAAACCUACAAUAGUAACAAUGCCCGUAACCCACACCAUCCCCAUCCAUCCUCAGCUCGUGGUGAUCCAGGCUACUCAAGGGCUGGCCAUGUAAAUCAAUCGCAGCCAGAUUCUUAUUUCUUUGCUAAUUAUCCGCCACCCUCAAUAUUCAAUCCUGCCGGAUACAUUUACGAUCCUGUCAUGUAUUACUCGCAAUAUCAGCAACAAUACCCAAUGUAUCCGGCGGGUAACGUUAUCAUGACACCAGAUGGUGCCAUUGAUACGUCCGUACCACCACCAUCGUUACCACCGAACAUACGACACAAUCAGAGCAUGAUCCCAGUUCCGUCUGCUCGGCAGGAACCCAAGACACCACCGCCAUUGCCGAGCGGACCACCUCCUAGUUCCUCACCACCACCACCUCCUCCACCGGAAUAACGUUCGUACGGAAAUCCUGUCUUGUAGUGGACUUCAAAGGUAGUUUCCAAACUAGAAUAAUACAGCCACUUCUUGCUUCGUUAUCGUUUUAUCCGGCAAUUGUCUUCUUUCUUUCAUUUCUAUUUUAUGUUAGCUAAUAUUUUACACAGGUAUUAUGUGUAACUGUGCAAUAUUUUUACAUAUGAAUUCUAUAUAUUAGGAUUCAAAAUUCGAUAUUUAACACAUUGUGUACAAUACGAACCAAAGUCGGUACUUACCUUUAAAAUAUGUACGAUACCGGCUUUAAUGCGGGUAAUGUAAAUUAAAAAUCUUACAACAAAUUAUAAAAAGAAAUUAUAUGAAUUCAUAUAUAGCAUAUAUAUAAAAUUUUAUAAUUACUUAUUAAAGUAUAGAAUUUGUAUUAUUAUUAUAAUAAGAAAAUCCUAUCUGCAAUGAACAUGUUAACAUAAUAUAAAAUUAAUAUGAUUUUAUAUUUAAAUGUAUUUGCAUACAUUGAGUUUAAAUAUCAUUAUAUUUGUAAAUAUCUUUUUGAAAGGUAUAGAUUAAUCCUUCAAUAGAUUCUUUAUUAAAUAUUCUUUAUUAAAUAUUAGAACAAUUUUUUGGAAAGAAGCAAAUAAUAGGAUGUAAAACGAGAAGAGGAAGUGGCUGUAAAUUCCCAUAGAAUCAAUCUUUAUUCUUAAAGGAAUACACUUUCACCUUGCCUCUAUCCUCUCUUCUUCUCCCUUCCAGUUUGUGAAUGGUAGAAGUAGCAGCAUGACAUCGUACGAUCUCUAUUCCCCUAGUGUUACAAAUUAUCGAUCUUUCCACCUUUGUACCUGUAGCGCAUCUCCUUAGAGUAGUUAAUGAGUGUGAGCCUUCGUUCAAGAAUAAAAAAGAAAAAAAUAAUAUUGCGAGCUAUUCGCGAUUUUGGAAAGAUCAAGUAACUGCAUCAGGAAGAUGACGAAGUCGCGAAAUGACAUGCUAUACAUAGGAAGAAAACGAAAAAAAAAAAAAAUAGAUUUUUAUCUUAAAAUAUCAAAGAAGUUUUUGGGUUAUAUCAUUCUUUGUCAAGUGAAUUGAGAAUUCGAUUAUACUUCGUGAGAUAUUUUCAAGGUAGGUCCUUGAAUUUCACGACAAUCAUUUUUUUUAUUUUAAUCUAUACUUCAAUUUAAUUAAUUCUAUAAUAUAAAAAAUAUAAUUUUCAAGAAUAUUUACUAAUUUUCUUCGAAGUAAUAUUUUCUUUUUGUUUUUUUUUCUUUUUUUAAUUUUUUAUUCAAAAAAAAAAAGAUGGGAACAAGAAAAAUAAGAAAAAGUUGUCGUGAAGAUAAAUGCACGAAACACUGCCAGAGAAUGAAAAGGUAAUUAUAUUUUGCGCUUAUGGUCAAACGUCGAUAGAUUUUAAUUAACGAAUGCUCAAUGUUAAAGAAUCGAGAAAAAGUAGUCUUUCUUAAUUUUAUUUCUUCUUUUUUCCUUUAUGUAUCAUGGUAACGAUAAUCAAAGAGUAAAUAUCUUUGCAAAACUACUUUAAAUAAAACUCGUCUUUAGUAGUUAGAAAAAUAUUCCUUUGCUGGCAAAGGGUUUCGGAGAAAGGGUGGUGUGCACAGUGUUGCGUUCACGAAAUUAAAAUCGUUGAUUUCGGAUAUGUAAGGUGUGUAUAGAAACUAAUGAGACUAAAAAUAUUUGCUGCUAUUGAUAAAUUAAUCUUAUCUCUUUCAAAACAGUUCUACGAAAAGCUGUGUUAUCAUUGAUUUGCUGGAAAAAAUCUUCUUUGGAAUUCGUUUUAGUUCAUUGAUCACAACCAAAUGAUUAUAUUAUACUUGCGACUGAUAAUUGGAAAAAAAGAAAAGUCACAUUUUGAUGAUUGGAAAAAAUCGAUUCAAAUCAGAGUAAACAGAAUAUUAAAAAAACAGAAAUUUUUUUUUUUUUUAGAUGAAAAAAUUCGUAAAAAGCAUAUUAUCCUAAUGUUAUGAUUUAAAUUUAGCAAUUUUAAUUGAAUAUUUUCUUUUUAAUUUUUCAAAAUCUUGCAACAACAAUAUUUGGUUUACUUUCUAUCUAUUUGGUAUUUCAUUUUCAAUUCGUUCAUUUUUAUUUUUCUUAAGUACGGUGAGUUGCUUGUGUGUUUCACUUUGAUGUUUUAUUUUUGAAUUAUAUUCAAAAAUUCAUGUUUCAUUGCGUGUUACUUUGAAUUAUCUUCUAUAUAUUGAAAAAGAUCAAAGUAUAUAAACUUCUGGAUUUCUUUUUUUUUUAAUAAAAUUUUUCAAAAUUAUUUGCGACAAAUUUCGCAUGUUCAAAGUGUGGAUUAAUAAACAGUGUGAUGAUAUGAAUUUAUUUCAUUCCCAAUCAUUUUAACAUUAUCAUUAAUUGUCAAAUGAUUACAUGUGAUGAGAAUCAUAAAUUCAUUUCAUAUUUAUCCAGGAUAAAUUUUGUUUUCUAAGGUUUUAUUUAGAAUGAAUUCUAAUCAUAUAAAUAUCAUUAAGAAUUUGUGCUUGCAAUUUACGCAUUGCUUGAUAUUUCUUUAAUUUUCAUGACAUUUUCAUUAAAUCACAUUCUAUAAUUAUAAUAAUUAGCUCUAUCAAGUUAAUAUUGAUACUGAAAUAAAAUAAGAGAUAUAUAUGUUAUUCAUAUUUUAUACAAUAUCGUAGAUUUGCAUGGAAUUAGUCUCAUUAUUUUUUAGACACAUCUUAUAUAAACGGUUAGAACAACUUACAAAGUUACUUAAGGGAAUAAAAUUAAGUAAAAUAAAAAUAAAAAUAAAAAAUAAAUAAAAAUAAUAAUAAUUGAAAAGAAAAAAGAAUUAAUGUAUAUUAUAUGCAGUGAAAGUGAUGAGAGUGCUCAGAAAAUAUAAAUGUAUUAUUAAUACGAAUUUGAAGAUGUACGUAUAUAUAUUUGUAAAGAUACAUAUAAUUUUGUUUAAACUAACACAUUGUAUCAAAUUGUCAUUGUUUUUUAUAUGCGGAUGAAUAAUAUUAACAAAAUAAUUUCCGACUAACCCUUUGCAGUCCGAUUUAUCUGUUUGCUGCUUCGUGUCAGUCAGUCGAAGUUAAUUUUUAAGCUAAUAUUAUGCUUUUCUUUACUGUAUACUUUCCCUUCUUAUUCUGGAUACUAUUUCCUUCUUAAUCUAGCACCGAAACCGCCAUCCAAUGUAACGUUUGCAUAUAUCUUUAAUUAAAUCUAAAGAAAUUUAGAGUACAAUGCUUAAUGUAUCAAUAUUAUAGCAUAUUUAGAUUAUCUUAGGAUUCACAGAAGGAACGCAAAGGGUUAUUAUAUUCUUCUGCGUGAAAUAGGAAGUUGCAUUGGAAUGAACUUUAUUAAAUUCGAACAACAAUGAAGAAUGUUGAAUAUGACCGCUCAAAAAAAUGCAACUUCUGAUAUGACUGUCUUUAGGUUUCAAGACAUUCUAUUUCUACGUAAUUUUUCUUGAAUGAUACCGAUACGUUUGUACGGCCAUUUGUUAAAGUACAGAUUGUUAAACAAUGAUUGCGGAAUAUAAUUAUGAUUAGAUGCUCUUCACGUGAAGUGAAAUAAUUGAUAGACUUCAUAGAAUUUGCUCUUAUUAUUAGUAUACGACGACUAUAUAUAUUUGUUAAUAUCGCGUUAUUCAUUUUCUCUCGUAUCCGAAUUAGAAUAUUAUCAAAAUAUCAUCAAAAUUUAAACAAAUAUUCAUAAUUGAUCAUUUUUGAAUUAUAUGUUAUGAUUUUAAUUGAUGAUGCUGUGUGAUUUAACAUAUUUAUAUUGCUGAUGAUGCAUUGCACAUUAAGAUAUAAUUUCAUUAUUGGAAAGAUUGGGUUGGUUAAAAAAUUUGCUUGCUUUUGAUUUAUUAGGAAAAAAAUUUAAUUUCUUUAUAUAAUAAUUUAUUAUUAUUUUUUUUAAUUUAAUAAUUUAUUUAUUCAGGAAUUUUCUGUUUUUAAAUACAUCGUGAUAUUUCUAUUCCAUAUUCUAGAAUCUAAGAUAAAUCUAAUUAAAAUUAAUUAAAAUCCAUGUGAUAAUGAAUUUUUGAUUAAAAAUUCAUCUAAUUAAUAGAUUAAAGGAAUUGAAAUUAUUUCCAUGUGUAAUAAUAAGAAACUUUAUUAUUUUACAUUUUCUUAAUAUAAAUUUUUUUUUUAAUAAUCUUCUGCUAUAUUUCAAGUAAUUUUAUUAUACUUUCUUCGGAGCUUAUUGUAUUUAUGUCAUCAAUAUAAAUAUAUUGAAAAAAAACACAAAUAAAAUAUUUGCCAAUCCAAUAUUGAAUGUUAUACAAAUUAAUGAUAUAAUAUUAUUGCAAUUUUAUCAUGUCGAUUAAAUAUUAUUUGACAUGUUUAAAAUUAAUCAAAAAUGUAUCCAUUUAUAUUAAAUAUUCUUUUAUAUAAAAUUUUACAUAUCUCUUUCUAUAGAAGAUAGAAAACAAUUCAAAAUUUAUUUCUCACUAAUAUUUAUUAUUUUAUUUUACUGUGAUAUUUUAAGUUUCAAAAUAAAAUAGGUUAUAGAAAUUAUAUUUUGAAACUAAGUAGAAAUAUGGUUCUGUAUACUAACUAUUUAUUUUUAAUACAAAGAUUGCAACUAUAUCAUUAGAAAUAUAAAUUUCUCUCAAAUUAUUCAGCAUCAUUAACGAAAAAUUGCGUAUAUUAUUCGUCUACAUCAGAAUCUCAACAUUAGAAUUACCAAAUAUUAGAUUUUUUUGUUUUUAUAUUGUAAAAUAUUUUUGGAGGAUCAAUUUUAGAACUUAAAACAAACAUAAAAAUAUAUAUAAAUGUCGGUUGAGAAUUAUUUUUCAAAUUAUAAUUUAAAUUUUUAUUAAGAUAGAAUAAAAUCUAUUUUCAUCACUCAUUCGUUCUAUUUCCAGCUCUUUUUUAUAAUGUAAAUUCUUUAUAAUUUAAUGAAUAGAUACAUGAAUAGAUUUUUUUAAUCGACAUUUUUAUAAUUGUUUUGACUUCUAAAAUCUAUUUUCCAAAGGUAUCUUACAAAUUAUAUUAAUAUAUUAAUAUUUUAUAUUUAUAUAAAUUUAUAUAUUAUAAAAAUACUUUUAAUUAAAAAAAGAAAUAUGUUUCAUAUAAAAAAAAAGAAAAAAAUUUUUUUUGUAGUAUAAUAAAAAUUUGGAAUUAACAAAUUUUUUAAUCAGGAUAUCAAUAUAAUAUAUUUAUAUAAUAUAAUCUAUAUAUAUAUAAAAUAAAUUGGUAAUUCUAAUGUUAAAAAAAUUAGAAGAACGAUGUAACGACGUUUAUUUUUUUUUUUUUUAAUUCUCCAUAGCUUGUUGUUAAGUUUGCAUCGAAUCGAUGAGCAUAUCUUCAAGUUGCUCGUUCCUUUUAAAAGGCAUUUCUGCGAACUUCAGAUAGCUGUAUGUACACGAAUGUAUAAUAUAGAGAAAUUUUUUUACAAACUUUUAUAGGAUUAAAAAUAGAUUAUGUGUCAAGGAUUAACGAGAUGGAAACACACGACAGAUUAAGGAUACAUAGCCUUUUAGUUUCUUACAGUACGAUAAAGAGAUGAUCAGAUUUUUCACAUGAAGCUCACUGAAUCGGAGAGAAGUUUUUGUAUUCGAAGUUUAAAAAUAUUACCGAAAUGAAAUGGUCUAUUAUUCAAGGGAUUACUUAAGAAUAUUUCCUAUCUAUAGAUUUUUAUUUUUUACAUUCUCUUGUACAAUGCUUCGAGCUUUGAUCACUGAGCGUCUUGUAAAUGUAUUUAGAUUGUUUUUUUUAUAUUUAUUUGGAGUAAUCGUGGCGUAGUCUUUUCCUUUCUUUUUUUUUUUUUUUUAAAUUCUUAUGAAUAUUUCGCG